AGGUUAGAUAAGUUGAUGGCGGAAAGGAAGCAAUCGAGUUAUGUGAAGCUGGGAAAAGAUCACGCGCCUCUCGUUGAUAUCACUCCUAGCGAGCUCAAUCAGCCAAUUGAGGUUCCUCAAUUGGCUGUUCGCAAGUGCCCUAAAUGUAGACAGCCACGACCCCAAAGCUAUUCACCUCCGGCAGAUGAACCUUGGACGACUGGGAUCUUUGGAUGCACUGAAGAUAGGGAAAGUUGCAAGAAGUGUAGCCCUUUUCCAAUUGCAUUAAGAGAUAUAAAGCAACACGACAUUACUCAAAGCAUGCGCGGGCUACUGGUUGAUUGGCUUGUAGAGAUUUGCAUAAUGUACUUUUUUUCAUAUAAUACAAUGUUAUGAAUUAUAGCUGAUAAAUUUAGUACGGUUGAACAAUACACUGAGGAUUAUAGUUGAUGUAUCAAUACAUUUUGUUUAUAUUUUGAAUUAUAUUGACUUGCUUGUU